UGCGGGUUUUGAUGGAACCUCUAUCCGAAGGCCGUUAUCAGUAUCACACGUGACCUAGGACAGGAGCCGAGCUCCCUGCUCGCUCGGGGUUGACUGAGAGGGGCUGUAAUGCUGCCCACCCACCCGCUGUUGGAGUUGGACCCGAGCCGCAUAUGCCGCUCAGGGAUAGGUACCUAUGCAAGUGCGCCGCCAACAACUGAAGCUCCCACGCAUAUGAUUUCCCCUUCAUACCUACGUAGUAAGAUCUUGAUAGGUGAGACACGAGAGGCCUUCAAUAAUUGUCUCGCCGGGGCAGUCAACUCCAACCCAAACGAAGGCCUAGAGUACGAGUUACACAACAUACGAUUCGCUCUCUUUGUGGGCUCGGAGAUUGGCAUAUUAGUGGCGAGGCGGCGUCUUUAUGGUUUGGAGCGACGGCAAGAACCCAAAGCAAGCACCAGCAGUGGCAGCACAACCCAAGUUCUCCGCCCACCACCUUCCCACCUCAGAAGCAAUGACGACUGCGUUUUGAACGAACCUCCCCAUCACCCUCACCUUCUUGCAUUCUGCCGGCCAUACCAUACAAAUUGCCUUAGACAGACGGCCGCUUCCGCUUGUUCAAAGGAAAAUAAAACACAAGAAGACAUUUGGCCAUUUCUCGCUACCACAUAUUUACACCACAACACAAUACGACCGUAUUUCAUUUACACCAGGGUAGACCAGGGCUUUCCGUGAUUGCCCUUACCUACGGUAGGCUGGGUUCCUGCGCCGACAGUUGGCGACGACUAGGACUAGCGACGACGACGACGCCCAUCCGAUGGUUGCACCGCGUUAACCAACCCGCCAAACGCUGGGUGCCACCCUUUUGAAACCCCGACGAUGGCUGUCAAGCAUGCUU